CAAGGGUCCAAACUAACAAAAGCCGAGAACACCACGGCGGAACUCAUUUACUGUUGGCCAUGACCGCGGGUGCUUCGCCUCUCAUGCUGCUGCUGCGCGCCGCCCUCCUCCUCGCCGCCAUGGCGGCGAGCUGCGGAGCGGCGCUAGAUGACCCGGCGGCGCUCCUGCGCCGGGCCAAGGAGGCGGAGUUCAUGGACUGGAUGGUUGGGGUGCGGCGGCGGAUCCACGAGAACCCGGAGCUGGGCUACGAGGAGUUCGCCACUAGCGAGCUCGUGCGAAGGGAGCUCGACGCCAUGGGGAUCCCCUACAGACACCCCUUUGCCGUCACCGGCGUCGUCGCCACCGUCGGUACAGGCGGCCCGCCCUUUGUCGCGCUCCGGGCCGACAUGGACGCCCUCCCCAUGCAGGAAAGCGUGGAAUGGGAACAUAAGAGCAAAGUGCCUGGGAAGAUGCAUGGAUGUGGCCAUGAUGCUCAUGUUGCUAUGCUAUUGGGUUCUGCCAAGAUUCUUCAGGAGCUCCGUGAUGAGUUGCAGGGUACUGUAGUUCUCCUUUUCCAACCAGCUGAGGAAGGUGGUGGUGGGGCAAAGAAAAUGUUAGAAGCUGGAGCUGUGGAAAACAUAGAGGCCAUGUUUGGGAUUCAUGUAGCUGACAUUGUGCCCAUUGGUGUGGUGGCAUCUAGGCCCGGACCUAUAAUGGCAGGGAGUGGAUUUUUUGAGGCAGUAAUAAGUGGAAAGGGAGGGCAUGCUGCACUUCCUCAUCACACUAUCGAUCCAAUUCUGGCUGCUUCCAGUGUUAUUGUAAGCCUUCAACAGCUUGUUUCCCGAGAAGCUGACCCCUUGGAUUCACAGGUAGUAACAGUUGGAAAAUUUCAAGGUGGUGGAGCCUUCAAUGUCAUCCCUGAUUCUGUCACAAUAGGUGGUACCUUCCGAGCCUUUUUGAAGGAGAGUUUUGAUCAGUUGAAGCAGCGGAUCGAAGAGGUCAUAGUGUCACAGGCAUCUGUCCAGCGUUGCAGCGCUGUGGUGGACUUCAUGAACAAAGAUAAACCUUUCUUCCCCCCAACGAUCAAUGACCCAGAGCUCCAUGAUUUCUUUGCGAAGGUGGCUGGCGAGAUGGUUGGCCCCAGCAACGUGAUAGACAGGCAGCCACUGAUGGGUUCCGAGGACUUCGCCUUCUAUGCUGAGGCCGUUCCCAGAACAUACUACUACUUUUUGGGAAUGCUCAACGAAACCCGCGGCCCGCAGGCACCGCAUCACUCACCCUACUUCACCAUCAAUGAGGAUGUUCUACCUUACGGUGCGGCCAUGCAGGCGUCACUCGUUUGUCGCUACCUGCUUGAGCACCAGCAUGCUAUGGCUGCUAAGGCAGUACCCCGCGACGAGCUGUAGAUGAUGCCUUUCUUGAAUGAAACUCUGGUUAAACGUGAACUGCGAUUGAUAAAAAGGAUGUUCUGCGUGGAGUCAACCUUUUUAGCGCGGAGUCAACCUGACUUACUAGACGGCCAUCUCUGUAUCGCCAGGUGAUUAUGCAACACUUUGUACAUAAUUCCUGAUUACAGCGUGUUCAAAAGCAGCAUUUGACUGCAUUGAAGCAGUAUUCUGGUAGAUGCUAUAAAGUCUCUGUUCUGCUUAA